UAUCGAGCGGAUUAGAAAAUUCAAACACUGCAAUACAGAGACGCUAGCAUUGGAAUUAUACGGUCUGCGCGAAUGACUUCUUGGUUAUCGGCCGUACAUACGCUUAUGUGAUUGAAAUUUUCAACUAUAACCAUAAGCGUCGUGUCAGUAGAGCUCGUCUUAUGUUUAUAUUGAAAAUAAUUGUUAUUGCUGUUGUCGUUGUCGUUUCAUACCCGUGAAUAGCCAAUACAUGUGUGCAAUAGUCAAGAGGCAAACUGAGUAAAACAAAUCGUUUUUCAAAACCUUAACAACAAUCAACUUGGAGUUCCAUCAAUCAACUAGUCAUCUAAAAAAAAUACAUCACAUAAUUUAUACCGUUUGUCCCGGUACCGAGUUCGGCAUGUCGGUACGCUCAAACCGGCUGAAACACUACCUCCACUUGCGCGAUGAAUAUAAAAAUUGCACUCAUAUCGAUGGAAAUUUGGAGUUAACAUGGCUAGAGGAUCCGAAGAUGGAUUUGGAUUUCUUACAACAUAUUCGUGAAGUGACGGGAUAUGUUUUAAUCAACUUCGUGAAUGUAGAAAAUGUCGUUUUACCUAGUUUGCAAAUUAUUCGUGGUCAAAUUUUAUUCAAAGUGAACAGCACGCAUAACUAUAGUUUAAUUGUAAACCAUUCCACAAUGAAAUCCUUAGAGCUACCAUCAUUACGUGAAAUUUUAUCAGGAUCAGUGCUCAUAAACGAAACUAAUAAUCUAUGCUUUGCUCAAACGAUUGAUUGGCAGGAAAUUGUUACAGGACCAUCUGCAAUGAUCAAUGUAUCCACAAUUACUGGGCGAAACUGCUCUAAAUGCCAUGCAUCGUGCGUUGCCGGUUGUUGGGGCGAAGGCGCACAUAAUUGCCAGAAAUUUAGCAGAAGCAAUUGUUCACUACAAUGUAGCGAAGGUAGAUGUUUCGGCCCAAAUCCACAUGAUUGCUGUCAUUUGUCCUGCGCUGGCGGUUGCACUGGCCCAACGAAUAAAGAGUGUUUGGCAUGUCGAAACCUGUAUGAUGACGGUAUUUAUAGGAAUGAAUGUCCAGAAGGAAAAUAUGCAUACGCAACCAAGUGUAUGAAAAACUGUCCAAAGAAUUUACUUAAAGAUAAUGGUGCUUGUGUGAGAAGGUGUUCACCAAAUAAAACGACGAAAAAUGGUGAAUGUGUUACUUGUAACGGUCCUUGUCCAAAGACAUGUCCUGAUGUAGAAGUAAUUCAUUCUGACAACAUCGAUUCGUUCCGUAACUGCACAAUAAUUGAUGGCAAUUUGGUAAUACUGGAUCAAACAUUCAACGGCUUUAUGCCAGUGUCUGCCGAUUUCCCAUUUGGGUCUCAAAUAAUCAAAAUGAUGCAUCCCGAUCAUUUGGAAGUAUUCUCAACUCUGCGCGAAGUGACUGGUUACAUAAAUAUUCAGGGAGAUCACCCUGGUUUCACAAAUCUUUCAUACUUUCAAAAUCUUGAAGUUAUUGGUGGUCGUCAAUUAUAUGGAAAUAAGGAAGCAUCGUUAUACAUCAUAAAAACCAGCUUAAAGUUAUUAGAGCUAUGUUCCUUAAAGAAAAUCAAUUCAGGGGCAGUUUGUAUACUGGAAAAUAGGAAUCUUUGCAAAAAGUCACACACACAUGAAUCGAAGAUUAUCAACAAUGAAGCCUCAAACCAAUGCAUGGCCGAGAAUUUAUACUGUUCAGACGAAUGUACAGACGCUGCCUGCUGGGGAUUAGGACCUGAUCAAUGUUCACGUUAUUUUCAAUUCAUAUUUUCAUUUUCGUCUUCUUUGUCCGUUCUGAUGAAUAUUCUUCGCACUAUUGUUUAUCACAUCGCGUUUAUCACAUAUUAUUCUUUGCACUAUUUGGCCAGUUUGAUAUGAAAUUGCUUUUUAAUUGAUAAACCCAAUUUAAAAAGGAAAAAAAACACCUAUAAGUAUUAUUUAAUAAUUAUUUCGACUUUUUGCACCCAACAUUGCCUUCAAAUUCUAAAACACCGCACGAUCAAUUUCAAAUGUUUAGCUAAGUUUUUUUUUUAGAAAAAAGUCGA